CCGAAGUCCCUAAAUUCUACAGGGGAACCAUUUAUGAUACAACACCGUAUCAUUCACUUCACAACUGAGAACCAAGGCAGUAAGUGAGGACCAUGUAUCUACCAUUUCUUCUGUAUAAGAUUUCACUGACCAUGGGUGGCAUUAAGGAGGAUUUCCUCUGGGUCAUGGCCUUGUGUGCACUUGCAGAAACCCGUUAUGUUCGUGUUGGGUCAGAUGUAUCCUUCUGUGGCUUGAGAUGUCCUAACCUAUAUGGUGUACUGGAGCUGUACUGUAAACCCAGGACCCCUUUAUUGGCGCUGCACUGUGACGAUAAUUACACAAACGUCCGUGAUAAUUUCAUAAACAGACUUGACCUAAACAUCUCCAGCGGCUGUUGUGUGCUGAGAGAGGCUCAGAAGGAGGACACCUGUGUGUAUGAGAUUGAGUUCCACAGCAGCCCAACAAGGAUACUGCGCUCUACACCCAUCACUGUAAUAGAACCAGUUGUGAUAUCGAACAUAACCAGUAACUCCAGUGAACCGGGGUCAGACAUCUCUCUGCACGUCCUGUUCUCUGGAGAAGAGACCACUGUGACCUGGGAGAUGGAUAGUGAAGACGUCCCUGCUAGAUACCAGCUGAGAGACCAGAACAGGACGCUGAUUAUCCCAAGUGCGCAGAGGGAAGACGCCGGAAAGAGAUUCAUGGUCAGGGUGACAAACCCAGUCAGUGAGGGGACCUGGGAACAUGUGCUGGAGAUCAGAGGUGAUAGUGAACAUCUGGAAUCGCACUUUAGCCGUAGACUUGGAACCCUAUGUGCAGCUGUUUUUUGUGUGGUGCUUUGCACUUCCUGCUUCCUUUAUCAAUUUUAUAUUAAUCAUCGCAGAUCAGGAGGAAAUACUGGAGCCCAGGUCUGAUCUUCACCCAACCUGCUGUUCUGUGCCCAUCGUGAAGAAAUAUCUGUUAUGUACAUUACCACUUUCUGUUUAGUAUGCACUUUAUAUACAAUGUUUUGCACAUCACGGAAAUUACAGGGAAGGACAUCUUUAUAUAGAGCUUAUUUGUGAGCAAACUAAAAUGCAUCAAAUUUCUAAUACUAUGUCUAGGCUAAUAAGGUAUUAACAAACCAAUUUAAUCUUAAAGGGACAGUCUACUUGAAAAUGUUAUUGUUUAAAAAGAUAGAUAAUCCCUUUUAUUACCCAUUCCCCAGUUUUUCAGACCCACCACUGUGAUAUUAAUACAACUAUUACCCCUGUGAUCACCUUGUGUCUAAGCCUCUGCAGACUGCCUCUUUAUCUCAUUGCUUUUGAGACUUGCAUUUUAGCCAAUUAAUGCUGACUCUUAAAUAACUCCACAUGAGUCAGCACAAUGUUAACUAUAUGACACACAUGAACUAGUACUGUUUAACUGUGAAACACUGUCAAAAGUUGGUUUUCAAUGGUUUAGAAAUCAGUUUGAGCCUACCUAGGUUUAGCCUUUAAAAAAGAAUGCCAAAAGAACAAAGUAAAUUUUAAUAAUUAAAGUAAAUUGGAGUCAUGAAAGUUUAAUUUUGACUAGACUGUCCCUUUAAGUAUAAAGAGACAUGAAAUACCUUUAGAAGAAAAUAACAACAACCAAACGCUAAACCCCAAAAAAGUAAGAUUGUGUAUAUAUGUUAUGUAUAUUUAUAAUGUAUACGUGAUUCCCCUAAGGUCACACUAAGAUUAUCCAUGAGCUAAACAAUCAGGGACGUGCAAAUCAGGGGAGGCACAGCCUCUUCUGUCAUGAAAAUAAAAAACUUAGCAAACUUAGAAGGUGCUGUAUGGAGCACUCACCCACUGUCUGUCAGGUCAGGAAUCGCAUUUCAUCACUAAGCCAAUCAGAGUAAAGCUCUCAUAUCUGCUUCUUGGGGUGAGCGUGACAGUUUGAGCGCAAUUUACUGCCUCGCUCUACUCUGCACUGCGUGCCCUGUGUGGGCGGGGCUACACUUAUACAGUUCCCCAUGUAGAGGGCUGCAGGAGCUUGCAAUACAGGGUAGCAUCAGUCAUUGUGCUAUUUUGGCUGCUGGCUCCCUGGCUGUGCUUUUUUUACAAACUUCUGCAAACAGCAGCUGUGGCUUUAAGAGGGCGGAGCUUCAGCCUUUCACUCCCUCCCUCUACUAGCUAGAUUGGCAGAACUUUACUGGGAUGUGCUUAAAGGACCAUCAUACACUCAUUUUUUCUUUGCAUAAAUGUUUUGUAGGUUAUCUAUUUAUAUAGCCCAUAAAGUUUGUUUGUUUUUUAAAAAUGUAUAAUUUUACUUAUUUAUAAAUAACAUUGCUCUGAUUUUCAGACUCCUAAGCAAGCCCCAAACUUUUAUGACAAUACUGAUGUAUACCUUCUCCAGCUUGCUCCUGUGUAAAGGGUCUUUUCAUAUGCAAAAGAAGGGGGGGGGAUGUCUUAUUUCCCACUUGCAGUGGGCUUUCCAACUGCCUUUUCAACAGAGUUAAACUGAGAGCUUCUAAGUACGUUUUUAAACCAUUUUAUACUGGAUUUUUAUAUCAGUAUCUGUGCAUCUUAUUCUUUAUAGUAGUGUCUAUUACAUGCAGUUAUAUGAAAAUUAGUGUAAACUGUCCAUUUAACUCUCACAGCUGCUGUGAUAGCUCUGAUGUGAAGGUGCUAAGGAGCCUUGGUAAAGUAUUUAUUAUACAAGCAUUUAAGCCCUUGUGCUCAGUCUAUUUGUUGUUUAUAAUAUUUGUGUUAAAGCCUUCAUAAACAAUGUUAUAUAACUAUACUGAACACAAUAUUUAUUUAUACUUUUGAUUUCUGAGUGGCAGAAAAUUAGCUCCGCCAUUCGUUGGGACUCCUCAUAUAUAUAUGUAUGUGUGUACAGUAUAUUUUAUUGAAAAAGAUAGGGCUAUAUGUAUAUGUAUGUGUGUACAGUAUAUUUUAUGUGAAAAAGAUAGGGCUAUUUAAUGUUCUUAAAUUCUGAUAAAUUUGUAUUAUUUGUCUGGUACAAGUACAAAAUACAUAACUAAUGAAAACUCGCUUUUAAUGCAAAUAUAUCAAAUUGAUUUACAUUGAUAAUUUUAGUCAGCAUUAACUGUUAACAAUGAUUUAAGCUGCUGAUUAAAGCCAUCAACAUUUUUAUAAUAAAUCUGCACCAAAACUGCAUUUUUUAAAAAUUAUUUUUGUAUAAAAACACAUUUAGAGCAGAUUCUUUAAACACAUUGAUGGUUUUUCAAGCAGUUCAUUUACCAGUUAAUACAUCUGCUGAUCAAAGCCACAUAUUUUUUUAAACUGCAUCUAAAACUCUGGGGGGUUUUUGUUAUUAUUUUAUGUGAAAAUAUUUUUUAUUAACAUGUCAACUUUAAACAUUCUACAUGCUGUUUUACAAAGAAUUACAUCUGUAAAAUACCAGAUAGUUAGAGACAUUCCAGUCAAAAUUUAAAUGUACAUAGAUUUAUUGCAUCUUUAAAUAGAAACAUAUUUACAAUAUACAUUUAUUGGCAAAAAUGCUUCUAGUAAGAGUAAUCACUGUUUUAGUGUGAACAUUUUUCUCUGCAUGUGAAGCAUAGCUAGAUAUUGUCACUGCACUCACAUUUAAAAUAAUGCAGCUGCUCAGAGCACCAGUGGGGCUUGUAUCAUGUCAGCAAAUUAACAAAUUGAGUCGUUACCAGAUAGUACAAGCACUUUAUGCUCUCCGAACAAGUGUUGUGUUUAAAAUGCUGCUGCACAGUGCAUACUUAAAUACAAUUUGAAACAGCUAUAGCUUUUAUUAGAAUCAUGUUUGCUAAUGCAUGUAUAUUACAAAAAUGUUUAUGUUCAAUACCGAAAUGCACCUAUGUAGUUUCUAAUUUUGGCUGGAAUAUUCCUUUAAGCACAGUCAAUCUAAAUACUAAUCCUUGUUCAUAUUGUAUUGUAGAUAUACAGUGCUGUGAAUUAGUUACCAAGUUUUGAUUGUCAAUUUGAAUCAAAAUCUCAUUUCUUUCUUGGCGUAUCUUUACUAGUAUGUUGUUCACUUAGACCUAUAAUUAUUUUCCUUGGACCAGCGUUUAUCUUAAUCAGUACAGUGAAUUAAUAAUAUCUGGUAAAUUAUCUAGAAAGAAUGUUGGCUAUAUAUAAUUUUACACAACUUUAUAACAAAGAACUUUACAAAAAUAAAUUUUGGUAACUGAAAA